UUGCUUUUUUUCUGUCUGUGUUGCAUUAGUAAUAACAGCAGCACACUGACUGAAGACAGGAGGCAACGCGUGCAUCUCCGAGCGGAGGGAUACCUCAGCGGUCUUAUUUACUCUACGGCUUGUUGUUCAUUUUUUUAAAACCUGCUUUUAUGAUUAACUUGUACGCUCACGUGCGUUAGCCUGUUUCCCCACGACGCCGAAAGCGAGCCGAACUUUUGUGUGUUUUCUACAAACCUCUGUUGUUGUUGUAUUUUUUUUAUUAUUUUUGCUUCCCACGGAGGAAAUAAGCGCGUGUUUUGAUCCUUUGCAUACCUGGACUCGCCCCUCAAAAGAAGGACAUCGGCUGAACGUUUUUCCCCUCAGGGAUGAGAUCUGGUAUGGCAGUUGCACACUGCAUAGCCCGAGCACUCUGAAGCCAAGGCAGAAGUGGUAUUAAGUCAUGAUGCAGGAGUCGGCCAGUGAGACAAUAAGCAACAGUUCAAUGAGUCAAAAUGGAAUGAGCACCCUAAGCAGCCAAUUAGAUGCUGGCAGUAGAGAUGGAAGAUCAAGCGGUGACACGAGCAGCGAAGUAAGCACAGUCGAGCUGCUGCAUCUGCAACAACAGCAGGCCCUACAAGCAGCAAGGCAAUUACUCUUACAGCAACCAGGCAGUGGCCUGAAGUCUCCAAAGAACAACGACAAACAGCGUCCGCUGCAGGUGCCGGUGUCAGUGGCCAUGAUGAGUCCGCAGGUCAUCACUCCCCAGCAGAUGCAGCAAAUCCUCCAGCAGCAGGUCCUCUCCCCUCAGCAGCUCCAGGCCCUUCUACAGCAACAGCAGGCAGUCAUGCUACAGCAGCAACACUUGCAGGAGUUUUACAAGAAGCAGCAGGAGCAACUCCACCUCCAGCUUCUGCAGCAGCAGCACCCCAGCAAACAGGCAAAAGAGCAACAGCAACAGCAGCAGCAGCAUCAGCAGCAGUUAGCGGCGCAGCAGCUGGUGUUUCAACAGCAGCUCCUGCAGAUGCAGCAGCUCCAGCAGCAGCAGCACCUGCUGAACAUGCAACGGCAGGGCCUGCUCUCUCUGCCCCCAGGCCCAGGACAGCCCACCCUGCCAGGACAGAGCCUACCGCCAGCUGGCCUGAGCCCAGCCGAGCUCCAGCAGUUGUGGAAGGACGUGACUGGCGGCCACACCAUAGAGGAUAACGGCCUGAAGCACAGCGGCCUGGACCUCAGCACCACCAACUCUUCCUCCACUACCUCCUCCACCACCUCCAAAGCUUCUCCACCCAUCUCCCACCACCCCAUCUCCAACGGCCAGUCUCCAGCCCUCAACAACCGCAGAGAGAGCUCGUUACAUGAAGAGACUGGAGCGUCACACUCACAUUCCCUCUAUGGUCAUGGAGUGUGCAAAUGGCCAGGCUGUGAAAGUGUCUGUGAGGACUUCGGACAGUUUUUGAAGCACCUUAACAGUGAGCAUGCUUUGGACGACAGGAGCACGGCACAGUGCCGGGUCCAAAUGCAAGUGGUACAGCAGCUAGAGAUUCAGCUUUCUAAAGAACGUGAGCGUCUUCAGGCAAUGAUGGCCCACUUGCACAUGCGGCCCUCGGAGCCCAAGCCAUCUCCCAAACCGUUAAAUUUAGUCUCGAGUAUCACCAUGUCGAAGAACCUGCCGUCAGCUUCCCCACCGAACCUGCCCCAGACCCCCACCACCCCCACAGCCCCCGUCACACCAUUGAGCCAGAUGCCCCAGGUCCCCUCAGUCCUCAGCCCUGCCAACGUGCCCAGCAUGGGCGCCAUGCGUAGACGCCACUCCGACAAAUAUUCCAUGCCCUUGUCCUCAGAAAUAGCCCCAAACUAUGAGUUUUAUAAGAACGCUGAUGUCAGACCACCAUUCACGUAUGCAACGCUCAUCAGGCAGGCUAUCAUGGACUCGAAAGACAUGCAGUUAACGCUUAAUGAAAUCUACAGCUGGUUCACGCGCACCUUCGCCUACUUCAGACGCAAUGCCGCCACUUGGAAGAAUGCAGUGCGCCACAACCUGAGCCUGCACAAGUGUUUUGUGCGAGUGGAAAACGUGAAGGGUGCAGUGUGGACAGUGGACGAGAUGGAGUACCAGAAACGCAGAUCACAGAAGAUAACAGGGAGCCCGACGCUAGUGAAGAACCUGCCAUCCAGUCUGGGUUACGGAGCAGCUCUUAAUGCAAGCUUGCAGGCAGCGUUGGCGGAAACGUCUCUGCCGUUGCUGGGUAAUGCGGCACUGAUGAACAGCAGUGCGUCGGGGUUGAUGGGGGGCAGUCCACCCGGUCUGUUGAGCGGCAGCCCACCCAGCCUCUUGCAGAGCAGCACCCACGACGAGCUCAAUGGCACACUCGACCACCUCGACACUAACGGUCACAGCAGCCCCGGAUACUCCCCACAGACCCAUAUGCCUCCAGUUCACGUAAAGGAGGAGCCGCUAAACAUGGACGAUGAUGACUGUCCGAUGUCAUUGGUGACGACAGCCAACCACAGUCCAGAGCUGGAAGAGGAACGAGAGCUAGAGGAAGGCAACCUAUCGGAGGACCUGGAGUGAUAGUCGUCUCUGCCCACGUUUGCUGGGACUCGCCCCUCUAACCACUCCACAAACCACAGAAAGGCAGCAGAUCGAAGCGAGGAAUAUUUAUUUCGAAUGAACCCGGGAGACUGGCCCAAAGAAACUCUCUCAGCCCUUUGAGGACCACAUAAGAACAGGCAUGAGAUGUCUGCUUUUUAAAAUGACUACAAAUGAAUUAAAAAAAAAGAACAAGAUUUCAUUCAGAUGGCAUGGCCACCACACACCGUGAAACACCAAGACUCAUGGACGGAAACGAAUACAAAAACUUGAGUCUUUACUGUAAGAAAGUCAUUGGCCACAUAUACUGCCAAAAAAGUUUUAAGUUUGUGAAUAUCCAGCCCACAGUAGUCGCUGAUGUUAGAUACAAUUGCUGGUUCAAUUCAAGUU